AUUAUAUGUUUUUGUCGUUUUGUAAUUUAACUGUCAGGUCCAAGCAUAAGUACAUUUAAUAUUUGGAUAUUUGUAAUAUUUGGAUGUUUUUGUUUUCAUUUUAUUUGUAUAAUAUUUAUAGUUUACAGGGUCAUAUAAAUAGUCUAUUAUUAUAGACUAUUUUAGACUACCAUUUUUUACAUUUGCAGUGCAUAUCCACAUUGCACUGAAUAUAAAAAUGUCCAACAAUCUUUGAAUGCAUCGACGGUGCUGAGUGGAAGAAGCGAUGCUUUUCAAAGACAGUGGUCCCACAGACAGCAGACGGAUGAGGACCUGCGCUUUCACUGCACGUCACAUUAGCCGCAUUAUCAAGGACUGUUACAUAUUUAUAUUUUAUUUUAUUUAUUUAUUUUUUACAAGAACUUGUUUUCUCGGAAAACAGCCAGUGAACCUGUUGCGCGUGUUUUCAUUCUAAUAUUUUGCGCCGUUAAGAACUGCGCUCCAGGAGUUUGAGUGUAACCGUAGAGUCCCACUCCCCGCAGGAGCCUAAUGCAUGUCAGUGUGUGCCUCACGACUGGACUUUUACAGGCAGAAACUCUAUCAGCGGUGCGUGUGGCCGCUGUCAUCGGUUCAUCUGCGGCCGAGGACAGAUGUGGACGUGGUGACUGCUUCCAAUUAGUCCAGCUCUCUUGUCCGAUGAGACUUUUUCCGAUCCAUUUAGGCGACAUCCGGCCAUCUAUCACACACUACCUGACAGUGUCUUUACAGAGAGGCCACCCAGAAGCUCUUUUAACCUUUGGUAUGGACACACGUGCAGCUGUGCAGGGAGAGCUUUUGUCCACAGAGGCUAGCUCCCCAUGCCCAGCUGGAUGUCUUAUUCUGUAGGUGUGUAGGAUAAAAUAUUUGCAACUUCCAGGGAAUUUCAAGUACUCCUCGACUCCCGUUGAACUUGACCAGCCAUCGGUGCAUCAUGGAGGAAAGACGGGCACAAGCCUUCCACAUGACCUGCCAUGUGCAGAGGGACUGUGGCAAUCGGCUCGGGAGCUCCUUUCUUAACUUCAGUCCCAACGGAUAUGCCAGCACAAGCCUUAACCUCAGCUCGGAGUUGGAGAUGGACGCUGACCUCACAGCCUCCACAGGAAGUACAGUCAGGAGUGCUGCUGUACAUGACAGAAGCCACUACUCUCCUGUUUCACUGGAACUGGACCCCACGGCAGUGAAUAAUGGAUCACACAUUCCCUGCUGUCUACCAGCAGACACAAAGGACCCGGUGCUGCAGAUAAUACAGGACCAGCCGUCUGCCACCUCUGUCCCACCACCUCUCCCUCGUUCGAGCUGGCUGCAUCACCACCAGAAGGAUUUCCAGAGCCCUUACAUCACGACUAGCAUGCAGGGUGAUGUUUACAAUUUCCUUGAGAGACCUGCUGGGCUGAAAUGCUUUCUCUAUCACUUCCUUGUUUUCGUCAUGGUCCUGGUCUGUCUAAUCUUCAGUGUCCUUUCAACCAUAGAACAAUAUGCAGACUUCGCCACCGGCACCCUCUUCUGGAUGGAGAUUGUUCUGGUUCUCUUCUUUGGCACAGAGUAUGUGGUCCGGCUGUGGUCAGCGGGCUGUCGCAGCAAAUAUUCUGGUAUCAAAGGACGCCUGCACUUCAUCAGGAAGCCCAUAUCAAUCAUAGAUUUGAUAGUGGUUAUUGCUUCAAUCAUCGUGCUCGGUGUAGGGUCAAAUGGCCAAGUCUUUGCUACGUCUGCCAUCAGAGGAAUCCGAUUCCUUCAAAUCUUGCGCAUGCUUCACGUGGAUCGUCAGGGAGGAACAUGGAGACUCCUAGGAUCUGUCGUCUUCAUCCAUCGACAGGAACUUAUUACAACUCUUUACAUCGGAUUCCUGGGCCUCAUCUUCUCCUCUUACUUUGUCUACUUGGCGGAGAAAGAUGCCGUGGAUGAAGAUGGAAAGACAGGCUUCUCCAGUUACGCCGAUGCCCUCUGGUGGGGCGUGGUGACAGUCACCACUAUUGGAUAUGGUGACAAGAUUCCUCAAACAUGGAUUGGGAAGGCUAUUGCCUCCUGCUUCAGCGUCUUUGCCAUCUCCUUCUUUGCGCUGCCAGCUGGAAUCUUGGGCUCAGGAUUUGCCCUGAAGGUCCAGCAGAAGCAGAGGCAGAAGCAUUUCAACAGACAGAUUCCUGCAGCAGCCUCACUCAUUCAGACACUGUGGAGAUGCUAUGCAGCAGAGAAACCAGGCGGCUGCGCUGCUACGUGGAAAAUGUACGUCUUAACUCCAGUUCCCGUCAACACAGUGGAAGCUGACAUUUCCAGUCCUAAUCUCAGGAAACUGCACCUAUCGAAAAGGGGCUCCAAACGGCGCUUGAAGUCCAGAGGUAACGGCUCCAUGGGCGUGGCCAAUGACAGGGCUAUAUCAAUUCCCCAGAUCACCUACGAUCACAUCGAUGACUCUGUGGAGAAGAAGGACGUCUCAUAUUUCUUGGAAGAGCCGAGGGGGACCGUGGAAGGAAUCACCAGACUGUUGAGACAAACAGGCCCCCCCCAUCAUUCUUGGUCAUCUUUUACUAUGAGCUGUCCUAGCUCUCCAGUCAGACGGAAUCAUGACAACAGUAAUUCCAUCGACAUCUCCCGGGCCAACAGCCUAACCGAUGAACUGUACUACAUGACCGAGGACGUUCCUCUGCCGGUGAUGACAGACAAAAAAGAGUAAGUCUCAUUUAUCCUUCUCACUUAAACUGGCUCUGAAUUCCCAUCAAAGGUUCUACAAACGCCUGUCUUUUUGUCUAAAUCUAAAUGCAUUUUACAGCACAGAGUUGCUGCAUACGCAUGUUUUGUUGAACCCUCUUGUUGGUUAAAAAAAAAAAAACUCUCAGGGCCUGGGCUUGGUCAGUAAAAAAAGGGGGGAUUAUCCCUUUAUUCUAGAGGAAAAUGCCAAAAAAAAUCUUUAGUAGUAGAUGCUAGGUCACAUACCACACCUGUCUGGACUACUUCCUGUCCUGACCAACCCUUCUACUGUUUGUCACUGAAGUCUGUCACUUCCUUGUUUUGUGGCGUUCACCUGUUGGUCACACAAAGUCAUUGCGGGGACUCUGUGUCAGUGGUAACGUUUGGUCUAACCCUCCGCAGCAGGAAACAUUCUGAGUUCACGUGUGGUCACUGUGCAGCUCAUGUCUUCUACGUGUGGUUGUUUCCUGUCAUUAAUAAUGGAUGUGGUUAAUCCAUAGUGUACAUCUGCCAGUGAGUGGUGGGCUCUCCUAAUGCCUCCAGUGACGGCACACGUUCACUCAGGGCUCUCAGCCGGACUUCUGUUUAAUGUAUUUUAAUAAAAACACAGUAUACUUUACUACUGAGGGCAGCAGGUUUUUUUUUUUAGACAGUCAUUUUUUAAAAGGGACAAUGUUACAUUCUUCCUAUAAACGUGAAUGUGCAUAUGCAUUAAGUAAGAGAUCCAUAUUAUCUUGGAUUUUGUUUGCAUGUGUACUGUUGAUGUAUGCAGUUUUUAUAUCCAUAUACUGUAUGUUUUUCUUCUCCUCACUCUAAAAUUCAAAAUCAAAAUUCAGUUAUCGUUCAGUUUGUUGUCAGUCCUUUGACCAUUUAACGUCUCAUCAAUACGUACUGAUGAAGACAGGACUCUACUGUAGCACUAGAGAGACGAGGAUCAGGUGCAAAUACUUUAGUUCAACUUAAACUCACUGGAGCGGAACCACAGCAAAGCAGACAUGAAUCAGAACAGGAACAAAAAACCACAAGAACAACAAAGCAUCACAAUGACCAAACCCUGACUGAGUGAGGGAGAGAGGUAUAUAGACCCAGGGCACCAGGUGACACCAGUGAGACUAAUGACAGACACAGGUGAGUGUGAUGACACUGAUUACACAGCAGAAGGACAGGCAGAGAGACACACCUCACAGUAAAGUAACAGAUUACUGCCCACCCCUUUGUUUGACCUUAGCAUUUAUGUCAAUGUCUUUUGUCCACAUUUUAGUUCCACAGUGUCCCACGUCGGCUCUUCAACUGUUCCUCUCUCUCUCAUGAUAUUAUGUCUGUCUACACCCAUGAUCAUUUGACCCUGAGUAAAGGCCAAGACCACCACCCACUGAUGUAAAACAUUUGAACAUAAUCAGUGGGUGGUGGACUCCCCAGGAAAAUGUGAUUCUUUGGUUUAUAUUUCAACUCUGUUCUGUUUUUCAUAAAAUCUAUGAAUGUAGAUUUGGCCUGUAUAUCCACACCCUUAAUAAUUACCAUUCGAAUGGACCACAUUUGGGAUCUGUUAUGUGUCUUAGAGCUGAUGCUUCAUCCAAAAUAAAGUUUGAACAAACUUUUCAUUACUAGCUAGGCCUCCAGCAUGUUACUGUAUAUUCCUCUCAGAAGGUGGACUAGCCUACACCUUCAGGCACUUGAAUGUAGUCGUUGUAGGAAAUAACUGCUGAAGCUGUGGCUUUGAGAUAAGAAGUGUCUUGUACUUCAUUCACAGUCAGAGAGUCAUUAAAAGUAACUGAGCAGGAACUCCUAACACUGAAAUAUUACACUUUAGUAUUUGAUAUCAACCUGUAACAACUUGAAACAAUAGUAGUUCAAUAGUAAACUAAUGCUCGUCUAACCUGUUGCAUUGACAUUAUGUAGAAACGUGUAGCGAAUUCAUUCAUGACUCAAAAUGACAAAACAGGUUUUGAUAGUAAUUUGAUAUUUAUCAUUUUUUAAAAUUCUUUUUGUAUUUUUUGUGGCACAGGAGUCGUGUUUUAUUCACGCCAAGUCACGCUCUGUGUUUUAGUCAUUAUACUGCGGUGCAUGUUUACCAAACAGAAGCUGCGUUUCCUCAUCUAACAGUAUGGUGGUGUGCUGCCUGUUACACACAGAGCAAAACCUGUCGCCGUAGGCACUCGUUAGCAUACGAACGUUUAAUUAUCUUCAUUAAAAGUCAGUGUCAUUACCAUCAUUACAACCUGUCAGGUCUAUCACCGUUGAAUAAUAUUGUGGGUCUGAUCCUUUCCUGCCAUUUAUGACUUCAUAACUUUUUAUUACAAAGGAAUGUGUGAAUUAAUCUGUGGAGGAAAUUGAGCUCCGCUGAAUCCAGCGGGUGUUUAACGCCUGAGUGUGUGAGAGCCAGUUUCAGUUCCAGCUGCAGAGACAAACAGUGUCUAAUUGUAUCCAUUGCUGUGCCGCCGUGCCCAUAACUCAGCUGUAACUGCCUCGCUCAGAUUUGGGCCAUACUGGGCACUCCCAUAACAGCUGGUUUGUUUUGCACCCAGUGUCACGCCACUCUGAGCAGCUCUGUCAUUUGGCAUCCUUAUCUGGAUUUUAUUUAGACAGCUACCAGAUCCACCCACAAAACUUGAGGCUACACAUAGACACACACACAGGAACACACACAUUCAAGUUACUCUGUCUUGCACAUUUUUUUAUAAACGCAAAAACAAAAUUAAAAAAAAGGAUUUGAAUUCCCCAAUUUACUGUAUAGGGUUAGUUUUGUAUAUUAACAUUGUCAAAGUACUGCACCACUCUUUAUUUUACCUAAGCAUAGGUGGCGUUGUCCCACAGAUGCUAAAAGUUCACAUUCACUCGUCUGUUGUCUUUGCUCAGUCGUACUUCACUGUUGUGUUUGUGAGUGUUUGUGUUCACAUGUGACGGAGCAAUCACUGCAGUUGGCUGUGACGUCUCUGUGAUGUCUCUGUGUUUUGAUUGAGGAAGUCGUGCAGGGCACUGUCCACACGCAAUCAUGUCUUUAUUCCCCGACAAGAGACACCAACACCGCACACAAACACACACAGUUUGGCCUAACCUUCAGCAUUAAAGGUGUAAUCCUAACCCUUACCCAUCUCUAAUUCUAAUCCUAACUAGUCCUAAAGAAUCCUCUUUCUUAAUGGGAAACUGAAACAUGUCUCCACAUAAGGACAAGGACUUUUUCCAAAAAUAUCGUCCCCAUAAGUAUAACUAAUAGGACACUAGCACAAAUCUGUAACAUUCCAAUGAUUUGAUGACGAGUGAGUCCUGUGAUUUGUUAAAUUUCAUUCCUCAAAUAUACACUUGUCCGAGGCCUGCAGACACAGAGUCCUGCUGUGUUCCAGUAAACACUUGGUCCACGGUGUGUUUACGUGCUGCUGUGUAAAUGAGGCUUGAUUUCAUUAUAGCUCGGGCAAACAAUGAUUUCCGUUGAUUGUGUACGCACAAUUAAAAUGUGUGAGAACGCGGUGGCUUAGUGGUUUCACGUGAUGCUGUGGGUCUGUUUAUACAGCUGUACUAUCACAGCAGUGUUUUGGCUGUAAACGGGUUGCAUCAUAUUCAUUUUCCUUUUUGAUUAGUAGUGCCUGAGAUUUUCUGACUCAUUCCCCAAAUCACCGGAGUCAAGCAGAACCAGAUCAGCGAUGUCUUUCAUCUCAUGAGCUGACCAAGGCAUCCUCCUUUUUCUUGAUGUGUGUGACCAUGUUGUCCGGCCUCAUGCCUUUCCUUCACGUCUCUUCUCGGACUUUUUAAAAGCCUCCAUCGGCCACCUACAGGCAGCUCUUAAUUAGUUUCCCUUUUACACUCUAGCCAGCAUUAAACAAUGAAAACCUCACCGCUGCCCUACAGGAGGGACCGCAGGCGGGGACACAUGCAUCACGGCCCCCUCUUCUUCAAGUAGGGGCCCCUCUCUGCUGAGCAACUGGCGUCUUUUGUGCAGGGCUCUGAACAAAUUGACUUUUUGUCUGUGUGGCCUCUCUGUGCCAGUCCGCUACACUGUACUCCGAUAUUGAUGACAGCGAGGGGCGUCUCAAACAUAUGCUUGUUCAGUCAAGUGGAAAAGCAGUCUAAAAUAUAGUCCAUUAUUAACUGUGGUUUUUUUAAAAUCUUUUGUAGAAUCUAUUUGUUUAUGACAAAGGUUAUAGGAAGGUCACAGCUGCUACACGUUUUACCCACAAACAUUUGCAAAACGUUCUGUUGUUUCUGGACUUACCGCAAAAUGGGAAAUAUAAUCAAAUGUAAAUGCAUCGAAUGCAUCUUUUUUUGAAAGGACACAUUUCUACCAGGCAACAGACUCACUGUGCGUGAAUGCACCACCUAUACUGUAUGUGCACAGACAAAUAGAAGCAGUGGAAGCUGUGGCCUCCUGCUCUGCUACAAGAGAAAAAGACGUUCUUUUGGUGGAUGAAAAGGCAGAGAAGGUAAGUAAGGACUGAAAAGAACAGUUUGUUUCGAAGGUUUUGGCCUGUCUCCCUAAAGUCGAGAGCAUAAAUAAGACGGUAAAACAACCAUAUUCACCGAGUCGUCCUCUCUGUGUGGGAUAUUUCAACUGUUAAUUUCUCUGCAGACACUGAACAGUUUAUUUGUUCGCUGACUUCCAUUUUACCUUUACUCACUGACCCAGUUUGAAAAAAAAAAUUGCACUUGCUUUGCCGACAAACAAACCGAAGAACUUCGACUCAUAAAUCAAAAGUCACAUUUACACAAACAUUUCCCUGAUUUCUUCUCACAGGCUGCAGGAGUUAUUUGCGCUUUAAAUUGUCUCAAACCUCGAGUCAAAACCUGUCAUAACUUGUCUUCAUUUGGUGACCGCCGUCAUUAACUACUUGGCGCAGUAAAAACUUUGACUCACAAAGCUGUGCCUCUUUAAUUCGUUCGCACUGCACUCUGAUGAAGGCUAUGGUCAGUUACACAACAGCAUUAAAAGACCCAUAAUUCCUGACCAGACUGCAUUUAACCCUUUGACUCUCCUUACUACUCACGCAAUGUUUGGAAAACUGGAUGUUGUCUGACAAGACACUUUUCUUGCUCUUUGAAGAUCAUGUUGUAUGGUUACAUUAGACCUGGGCGAACUAUGGCCCGUGGGCCAGAUACGGCCGACUGGGAUUUCUAAUCAGGCCCAACAAACACUAUUACACGGCAUGUGUAUGUGUAAUUUUUUUUUUUUUUUGUACUUUUUGUACGGCCCACCAGUCAAAUUUUGAGCCUCAUUUUGGCCAGUCAACUAAACAGUUUCCCCACCCCUGAUUUAGAUCAUCUCCUAAAAAUAUCCUCCAUCUAAAUUGACUGUAAAUCAUGAUUAAACAAUAGCCUAAUGAUUUUAACACAUAAAAGGUGAUACUUGCUUUUAGACAUUUUACUGCUCUUUCACAGGACCAAACAAUUCUCAUGGUGGUGCUGGUCAUCCUUUACGGCAUAUGCGUCAGACUGGGGCAAAUAAAAGUUCUUAAUUAAAGCGAGGGUUUUGACAGACUUGACAUGGGCAAUCCCACAUUAAUGAAGGCCCUCGUGCUGCAGAUAUGAGGGGUGAGAAUGUUUACUCCCUUCACUGGUGUUAGUUCCGGAAGGGUUUUAUAAUGAGAGCGAGAGAGAGAGAGAGAGAGAGAGAGAGAAAGAGAGAGAGAAAGAGAGAGAGUGAUGACCGUUUUAUUGCCUCUCACCGCAGGUUGGAAAAUUCACAGACUCAGCAAACAAGAUCUUCAAAAAUAAACCAGGCCGACCAAAUAAAACACACUUACUCUCCAUCACAAUCUCUCAUUGCUUCAUCCAAAUUAUGGCCAGCUCUGUGUGCAGCGGCUUGGAAAUCUCAAGCUCGGUUUUGGCUUUAUUAGCAUUAAUGAAACUGCCUGGCUGGUGCACAGUGUUGAAGUGAAGUAAGUCGGUCACUUCCUGCUGCUUUGGUGAGUGCCCUGAUACUGCGCAGUGUAUCACGGUUCCAUCCAAAGUCAGCAUGAGUAACUGCCAAUAAAUGCUGCCAGACACUGAAGCGUAGCGAGCAGCGGCCAGCCAAAAAUAGACAGACAAACAAGAGUUGGCUUCAUGACUUGUAGCUCUGAAUUUGUUUGAUUUUUUUGAUGGAUUGUUUAGUCAAAUCAUUUUUUUUUCUCAUUCUUAACAAGUCUCCGUUUUUUAAAUUAUUUUUUAACGUGCAUUUAUUUUAUGUGCAUGUCGCUUUUAAGAAAUACUGCUGUUGAAGUUAUAUUUACUUUAACAAUGACUAUCAAUGGUUCAGUGCCAGUCUAUUCAUCACCAUACUGUUAACAAAAGGUCACAGACCAGCUCUCUCUCUCUCUCUCUCUCUCUCUCUCUGUCACACACACACACACACACACACACACCAUGCUGGCCCGUUACAGCCGUCUCCUGUUCUGUCUUCUCCUGACCUAAUUUUUCAGUUUUUCUGUUUGUUAAUGAAAUAUUUCUGCCAGACUGCCAUAGAACUCAGAUUAACACCAGAUUACAAAGGGGGAAAAACAACAGGAAAUGUCUGUCCAAACAUGACUCACAAAAUAUUUUUGUUUCUCUU